AUGUCAGUACCAAAAGCGGUAACCCCGAGCUACACUCGGGCUUACCAUGCGGCGUUGCUCAGGGAGUCCCUGCAGCCCUUACCUUGUCCUUCGCUCCCACGAUGUGUCCCCUGCAGAGUCCCUGGCCAUCUCCUCUGGCCGAUGCCGGCAUCCAGCUUCCGUGUUCCGGUCCCUGUGACGUCGGGACGUACGGGUGCCGGAGCUGGCGGCAAAUUUGAAAUUUUUAAAAAAUGUAAUUUUUUUUAAAAUGACUAUUACAUAUGCUUUGUCUUGUGCCCUGCCUGCAUUUUGACUGUUCUUUCUG